AUUACAUAAUUCCAGAAAAUGCCUCCAGAAGGGAAAUCUGACAUGGAGCGGAUUGGCAUCUUUAAAGAGAUGGGAUACAUCUCAAUAGGGGACAAAUACACACCUUUUAUAUACCGCCCAUUUAAUGACGCCGCAUACAAGAACAAACAGAUGCUGCCAGGAGGAGCUAAAUCAAAGAGCGCGCUCCCGGCGGGAUACUUCGACGCGCAGUUUAAGAGGAUCUUUGAGAGAGAGGCGCUCACAGACCCUGUCAAAAUAGAAAGACAGUACAGGAUACAACAGACCAAAAAGAACAUAGGCAAAGCCUUUCUUCCCACUAACGGAGAGAAAAAAACAUGUGGAGUGGGCAGCUAUUAUGGGACAUUUGGAGGCCCCAUUCAAGCAAUGAGUGCCCUACAGAAUCCAAGGAAACUAAACAAAUCACCUGGAAAAAACUUCUACACCAAUCCGCCCAAGAAGGGAAGUGGUUACGGCUUCCCUGACGUCACCCUCUCCAAGAUGGUGUCCCAUUCCUCAGACCCCUAUGACAGAGCCAAGGAAAUGCUAAAGCGUGAGAUCACGGCACACAAAUCCAUGCUAAAAGGGGGAGCGUUUCGUUUGAACCUUCAUCCAGCUGAAUGCUUUGACAGCAAUCCUUACAAAUUUGACAAACCUCUACCACCUCCAAAGAAGACAGAGGAGAAAAAGCCCAUUACAGUGCCCUUCAAACCAAGUUCGCCCAGUAAAAAGACUGGAGGUAUGAAAGCAGGAACGUUUCAGUCCUACCCUACCUACUCUGCAGAACCCUAUGGUACCAAAAAGACCAAAUCAGCAAUGAAGAAUAAGGAAGUACAAGUAUUUCAUCCCUCCCCUGGCCCAAAGAGCACACCUGUCAAGAGCAUCAUCACCCUCAAUGUCACUAAAGCUGUGAACUCCACAAACUACAACCAAAUCCCCUCUGUGAUGGCAUAUUAAGAACGUGUGAUGUCUUCAGGUGAUUUAAUGAAUGUCCUAUAUUGGUCUUUAGAUUAAAAAGCUACAACUUUGAAUUGUAUUUACAUCAUUCUCUUAACCGAUAAAGAUAAACUCAAAAGACCUCAUGUUAUGCUCAGUACAAUCCCAGAAAAAAAAAUUGUUUCAUACCAUCUAGAGAUGUUUAAUUGUACAAGUCAUGUUUAACCACUGUGUAGCAUUUUGUCAGUAGUACACUGAGGCACUUUUGUCUAAAAUCACAAGUUAUUAAACAUUAAAAACACACAUUAUGUAUUUAACCAGCAAGGUAGUGGCCAAUUCAGCAAGCUCUUAAGUUUUUGCAGCCUUAAUGUCAUUCAUUUUAUGAAUAUGGUUUAGUCAAAUAAUUUCAAAUGUGUUAUAAUUUACAACGUAGUGAUAUAAUAAACCUUUCGUCUUGUGUUAUAAAAGGUGCAUGGCUUUAAAGGGAUAGCUGAGCAAAUUAUGACUGAUUUCUGUGGGUUGUGUGUGUGUGUGUGUGUGUAUAUAUA